UUUCUACGGCAAUUGCCUCAAUUUUCACAUUGUAAAAGCGACGCACCGGCCAGUGUGAUAGCAAGAUGAAUCCGGAAAAGCUGAAGAAAAUGCAGAGCGAGGUGCGCAUCGGCGGCAAGGGCAUGCCCCGCCGUAAGAAGAAGAUCGUCCACACGAGCUCGGCCGUCGACGACAAGAAACUGCAGCUGUCGCUGAAAAAGCUCGGCGUCAAUACAAUCCCCGGCAUCGAGGAGGUGAACAUGAUCAAAAACGAUGGCUCCGUGAUCCACUUCAAUAACCCAAAGACACAGGCUUCCCUGGGCACCAAUACGUUUGCCAUUACCGGCCACAGCGAAACGAAAAUGAUCACGGAAAUGCUGCCCAACAUCAUCUCGCAGCUCGGACCGGAGGGUUUGAAUCAGCUGAAAAAGUUGGCCACGGCGGCCGCCGCCGAAGAGGACGACGAUGUACCAGAGCUGACCGAGAACUUUGAGGAGGUGUCGAAGAAGGAUGCGGAAACGAAAGAAGCUGCCGCCGCUGCCAGCUCCAAGGCGCCAGAGGUUCCCGCUUCUUCAUAAGCUCUGACCCCUCCCUCAUACACACCCACUACACAUACACAGGCUCUGCUCUUAAGUAAUACAAGCUUCCCCUUGCUCUAGUAUAACCCGAUUCUUUUAUUUCCGAGGGUGCGCGCCACCGGACACACAGUGGACACGGCAAGCCGAAACAUCGCGCAGUAAACAAAACACAUCGUGUAGCUCCCCAUAACAACGAGAGCAAUGGUCUCCCACUCUCCCAUCACAAAUCAUAUUGCAUUCGGCUUGCCUGCUGGUCUCUGAAUUCAUCUUCGCAUUGUGUAUUUCUUAACAAACACGACUCCGCACACUACGCCUCCUUA